AUGUCGAUGAAAAGCAUUUGGGCAGCAUCUCCGCGCAAGGUCAACCAUUCUCUCCACGUUCAGCAUAAAUUGGACUUCCAAUGCCAGAAUCAUAUUCACUCGUUGGUUCCGUGCGAAGUCAGUUGUCUUUCUGUUAAGUUGCUCGAUGGCACUAACAAUUUCGUUUUUGCGGAAUUCGCGGAGUGCGCGUCACCGGUCCAAAUAAUCACCCGCGAUGAUGAUGGAACUCACUUCAGCGGCAUCAAUGGAAACGUGACUUUCACGGACAAAGUCAAAAUGUACAAUGUGAAGAUUGAAUACUCGUUCUCAACUGCCGGUGUUGCUUCGAAUACCCCGUCAAAGUCCGCAAGAAGUGCUUACCUCGUCAUUAUCUUCUGCUCUGGCAUCUUUCUCAUCAUAUUGUUGGCCUGUCUGAAUGCCCGCUGCAAACACUUGUUCGAAGUUCCACCACAGAGAACUGACUAUGUGGAGCACUACGUUCACUACUCACAGCGCAACAAUCCCGAAGUUCAUUUGGGUUAUUGA